GAAUCAAAGUCGGGAUUGAAUUGAGUUAGUUUCCAAUAAAAUCUAAAAAUAUCACAUCUUGCUGUUUUAAUAUUCUACCCGGCGCCUGCGUUGCGAGAUCACGGAACUUGUUCGAAUUCGACACCGGAAAUGGCAACGGCGUACGCAAAUCUUUUGAAUGUCGGCACCAAGAUCAUCGCCGUCGGCCGGAACUACGCCGCCCAUGCCAAGGAGCUCGGCAACGCCGUCCCCAAGGAGCCUGUUUUGUUUAUGAAACCAACGUCGUCUUACUUGCAAAAUGGAGGGACGAUCGAGAUUCCCCACCCUCUGAAGUCUUUGGAUCACGAGGUCGAGCUCGCCGUCGUCAUCUCGCAGAGAGCUCGCGAUGUUCCUGAAGCCUCCGCCAUGGAUUAUGUUGGAGGUUAUGCUCUUGCACUGGAUAUGACUGCCCGAGAAAUCCAAGCUUCUGCAAAGUCUGCAGGCCUUCCAUGGACAGUAGCUAAAGGGCAGGACACCUUUACACCCAUCAGUUCUGUUCUGCCCAAGGCAUCGAUCCCUGAUCCAGAUGAUUUAGAAUUGUGGUUAAAGGUAGACGAUGAAUUUCGACAGAAAGGCUCAACCAAGGAUAUGAUCUUUAAAAUUCCGUACCUCAUUAGCCACAUAAGUUCUGUCAUGACCCUUCUUGAAGGAGAUGUCAUACUAACAGGAACUCCCUCAGGCGUUGGCCCUGUCAAGGCAGGUCAGAAGGUGACAGCCGGCAUCACAAACAUCAUAGACAUUCACUUCAACGUCGAAAACCGGAGGAAACUCUAAACAUCUCAAGUUUUCAAUUUACAAUUAUUGUUCAGGUUACACCAUUAUCUUGAAAUACUAGACUUGUCGAUACAUCAAAUAACCAUAGGCAUCGAACUAAGAAAUGCAAUAAUAGAGAGAGUUUCGAGUUCAGGCCA